AUGAGCGAUUUGAGAUUAGAAUUAGAAAAAUCUAAAGAGCAAGUUUUAAGACUACAAAUUAAUAACCAAGCCAAUAUAUUGAAUCCAAUUGAACGAGUGGAUAAUGGUGAAAUUAUUAAUACUAAAUUAAAGGAUAAUGCGGGUGAGCCUGUUAAGGAACCCACAUCAAAACAAGUUUCGGAAUACAAAUUAAAAAUGACAAAUGAUCUGAAUAAGUUAGAAGAAUUAACACAGCAAAAAAUUAAGGAUAUUGUCAGACAACGUCUAAAUUCAAAAAAUGAUUAA